CUAUUCUAAGAAUCCAAAUAAGGCCAUUGUAUCGCUGACACUCAGCAUUCAACGAUAUCUUAUGCGUCACAAACGAUUGAAUGAAUUCCUGAGUGUUGUGGAAAUUGUUCGAACGUUUUUAGAACUUGUCAAGCGUGUUACCAAGGCUUCGGUUGUGACUACCCUUUGUGUUCGACCGUAUGUCGUUCUAGAACCGAGGCGAAUGUUGAAAGUUGAGACCAGUCGACGUUAUAUCUAGUAGUAGAUAUGACGACUAUAACAAGGGUGCGUUUAGUAACAAUCUGGCACGUACUUAAAGGACUUUAUUCUCCAUCUAAACUCAAGAACCUCGACAAUCAGAACUUACGGCAAGUUGUUCCGUCGACACCCAACACUGAAAAGGUGGAUCUUGUACAGGAAGCAGUUGAAUAUUUCAAAAGGAUCGGAUGGCUUCGUAUGGCUUUGUUGUUCGGGAGCUCCUGUCUGAUAGCAGCAGCACCUACCCACGAAUGGUGGCGAGUCACUGGUGACGAUGUGGACAAAAUCAUCGGGCGGGCAGAACUGUCGUUCGGCGGGGAGAUGUUCGGGAGGGCGUAUCGGUCCAUGGCUUUGCGAAGAGCCUUACAGGUUGUGGAGUGCAUGAACGGAGAUGAGAGGGUCCAAGCGCUGUCUAAGAUUUUUACUAGGCUGGUUGAUCUACAGACAGACCUGUAUGAGGCAGAGAGCGUCUGUAGGGAGGGAGUUCAACUGAUGGAAGAGACGGGACCCACAAAGAAGAAAAGGUACCUUUUAGAAGGUAUGAGGACUCGGCUGGCAGUAGCGUGGAUGAAUCAGGACCGGGCCCGUGAGCGGAUGGACCUGUCGCCGGGGACUUCACAUACACACCAGGCGGUGAGACUCCUCAGGAACGCCGCCCGUGUCCUAGAGACGUACGCUAAAGAGAACCUGGACCACGGCACACCGAGCAGGAAGCCACUGCUUCAGUUAGCGAACACGUACCAAUGCAUAGGUUGUGAGUACAAGAACAGCGAAGCCGAGCGGAGCUUACAGACCUCCCUUUUCAUAUACCAGCAUAUCUACGGCCUCGCCCACGACAGGACUAUAGAUGUGCUAAAGGACCUGGGCAAUCUGUACAAAUACCAAGGGGAAUAUGACAAGGCCGUAAGCUACUACCGACGGGCGGUUGAACUGGGGAAGGUGUGUGCGCCGUGGGCGGUGUCCGCCAUAUUGCGUAACCUUGGAACGACCUUUGUGGACAUGAAGGACAAAAAAGAAGCCAGGGCCACAUUCGAGAUGGCGCUGCAGGCUGCACAGUACUGGCAGAGUGUGCAGCUGUUCGUGGGUGAAAAUAACGACUGGGAAGAAAACGAGGCCGAGGCAGAGGAAGGUCAAUGCCGCUAUCUCUUAGACUGGGUUGAGGAACAAUGAAGAAAAAAGGGUCAUAAAACAAAGAUUGUUUCUUUCAAUUGGAAGACAAUAAUACACAUGAUGUAUCGUAUACGUAUGUAAGUCUCAAGAGUAAAAUGACGUUUUAUUUCAAGUAACGCAACAACGUCAUAAUCAUUUACACUAUUUGUGCACAUAACAUAUUUUUUUGUAAUAAAUAUUGUGUAAUGCUU